GUCGCGCUCAUUAACAUUUUAAUUAAAUUCAUCAAAACAAACCUAGAACGGGUUUCGAGCAUCUUAUUCUCUCUGUUUGUUUCUCCGAAUCUCUUUAAUGUCGAUUACACAUCACAGUUCUCGCGUAUUGAUAAAAAUUUACCGGUCAUUCUCUGUCAACGUCUCCUCUAUAGAUUAAUGGUUAUUUAUUAAAUAUUGAAGUUCGAACAACAAACAAACAAAAAAACCACAGAACUAGUCAAACAAGCGAACGGAGCAAGAAUUAAAUGAAUAUUUUUCGAAGGAAAAAGUGAAUUUUGAACCAGUUGACACUCAAAACUGUUGCGUAGAGGAUCGUUUUGUUAGCAGCAGUGACAAAACGACAAAAAAUGAAGAGAAUUUUAGUUGUUUUUGCGUCGAUUUUGCUUUUGCAAAAUGUUACUUCCAUGGGCGGCGGCGGCGGCAAUAGAAAUCCACAAUUUCAACCUGCGCCAAAUUUCGGACCGAAUUUCUAUCAACCAGGUUUUGGACAACCAGGUCCAGGCUUUGGACCUCAAGCAGCUCCGAAUAGGGGAGGGCAAGCUGUUUCCAAUAGAGGAGGAAAUCAAGGACCUCCAGGAAAUCAAGGUAACAAGGGAGGCAACAAAGGAAAUCAAGGUCAAAAAGUGACCUUCUUCCCUUGCGGAAAUCGACUUUUACGUGAAGAACGCAUCGUUGGAGGACCUCCAGGUCGUGGCAAGACAUGGAAUGGCUUUAUAAACGUCAAAAACGCCAAUCGCAGACCUCCGCUAACAAUCACGCUCAUUUUUGACUUUCCCACGACUCUUACUGUGGAUCCAUAUGACGGUCAAGUUGAUCGUAAGAGCAAAGGAGCUUAUUGGCGAAUCAAUGUCAAACCGGAAGUACAUAUUGUUCACUUUACGGUUAAGGGGCGGGGGCACGAACCCCUUCCAAGUGUCACUUCCAUGCGAUUCAAGGGCAUUGAGAAGUGUAUGGCUCCCGUUCACUGGGAAGAAAAUGCCGAUGUUAAAGAAAUGGUUGCUCCCCCGCCUCCAUCUCCCGAUUGGGACUCAGAUCCAGAUCUUCCUGACGAGCCAAUUAUUCAACCUGUCAUCACGACAACUACUCCACGCCCAAAACCCGCUUCCGAAUGUGGCGUUCGUCAAAUUUCGAAACAAGCUUAUGUCACAAAUGGAUAUGCUUCUGUGCCCGGAGAUUGGCCUUGGCAUGCAGCCAUGUACCACAAACAAUCGCGAACUUUGAGCUACAAGUGUGGCGGUACACUGAUUUCGAAUAAACAUGUCUUAACAGCCGCUCAUUGUCUUUACUCAAGUGGGUCACCAAUCAUUCCGGAACGGGUGAUAAUUCAACUUGGCAAGUAUAAUCUCGAGUUCAACGAUGUCAAUACGGUCGAGUAUCAAGUGUACGAGAUAAAGAUUCACGACAAAUACUCAAACUUUGAUUUCAACGAUGACAUUGGCUUGUUGAAAUUGGCACAAGAAGUCGAGUUUACGAAUUAUAUUCAACCGGCUUGUUUAUGGAAACCGGAAAAAUCGGAUUUAGCGACAGUCGUUAACCGACCAGGAUAUGUCUGUGGAUGGGGACUUGCGGAAGACGACGAACUUUCGGAUAUUUUGACGGAAGCAACGAUGCCAGUUGUGGAUUUCUUCGCGUGUCUCGAAAGUAACCGAGAUUUCUUUGGACCAGUUUUGUCGCAAUUUAAUUAUUGCGCUGGAUACAAAAAUGGAACCAGUGUUUGUAAUGGAGAUUCAGGAGGCGGCAUGUUCUUCUCGGAAGGCGGCGUUUGGCAUAUUCGCGGAAUUGUGUCCUUCAGUGCAAUCAGAGAGGAUAGAAAUGUGUGCAAUCCAUUGGAAUAUGUGAUUUUCACGGACGUUGCCAAGUAUUUACCAUGGAUACAAGAAAAUAUGUAAUAAGGGGUUUUAAUAAAAAUAUAAGUUUUUUUUAAAUGAGAAGUGAUAAAAAUUAAA